GCUCCCGGGUGUAAGCGCGGGGCGGGACAGUCAGCCCAGACGGACUGGCGAGACUCACCCGACUGAGUUAGGUGUUAGCUAAUUUGAAUAAUGACUGUAUUCAUGCAUCACCCUGUCGGUGUUGGCUGUCAGGUGGCACCUUGGGGACGGAGGUGCGUCCGGUCCUGGAAGAGCCUAGCUAGUGUCCGAUAGAUGGUGCAGUGGCAAAUGAAAUGGCGUAAUCGAGGUGCUGUGUGGCGUCCCGCCAGCCCUUCCCCGCGGGUUGGGGGGCCAGGGGGAGAGGGCGACUCACAGGAGCCUUCAGUCAGUUGAGCACUGCUCUAGGUGCUGAUGUUACUGUAGUGGCCAGAGCCAGCAAUUUCCCUCCCACUCGACUCUCUAGAUACCUGGGAGGGUGAAAAAAGUCGGUGUUGGCCGGGUGCGGUGGCUCAGGCCUGUAAUCCCAGCACUUUGGGCGGCCAAGGCGGGCGAAUUAUCUGAGGUCGGGAGUUGGAGACCAGCCUGAGCUGAAGAAACCCCGUCUCUAUUAAAAAUACAAAAUUAGCCGGGCGCGGUGGCGCAUACCUGUAAUUCCAGCUACUCGGGAGCCUGAGGAAUUCCUGGUUGUUUCAUGAAAGGGCCGUAUAUUCAAAGUGACCUCCAAAUACAGAAGGAGCUGAGAAACUAAAGAAUGAAGCAGACAAAUCCAGCUUGUCAGCAAAAGGUGAUUUAUUAGGGAACUUACGGACAGAAGCAUGGUCUUGGACAGCAGCAAGACAGAUUUGUCAAAGAUGAAAGUGACCUUAUCAGCUUUGGAUACUUCUGAGAGUUCUUUUACACCUUUGGUGGUCAUAGAACUUGCUCAGGAUGUCAAAGAAGAAACCAAAGAAUGGCUGAAAAACAGAAUUAUAGCUAAAAAAAAAGAUGGAGGUGCCCAGUUGUUGUUUAGACCAUUGUUAAAUAAAUAUGAACAAGAAACACUAGAAAAUCAGAACUUAUAUCUUGUUGGUGCCUCCAAGAUUAGAAUGUUACUGGGGGCAGAAGCAGUGGGAUUGGUAAAAGAGUGCAAUGAUAACACCAUGAGAGCCUUCACAUACAGAACCAGACAGAACUUCAAAGGUUUUGAUGAUAACAAUGAUGAUUUCCUGACAAUGGCAGAAUGUCAAUUCAUUAUCAAACAUGAACUUGAAAAUCUUAGAGCUAAGGGUGAAAAAAUGAUCCCUGGCUACCCUCAGGCAAAGUUGUAUCCAGGAAAAUCAUUGUUGAGAAGAUUGCUCACGUCUGGCAUCGUGAUUCAAGUGUUUCCACUGCAUGACAGUGAAGCCCUGAAGAAGCUUGAGGACACCUGGUACACUCGGUUUGCUUUGAAGUAUCAGCCCAUAGACAGUAUUCGUGGCUACUUUGGGGAAACAAUUGCUCUGUACUUUGGAUUUUUGGAGUAUUUCACUUUUGCAUUAAUCCCCAUGGCUGUCAUUGGGUUACCUUACUACUUGUUUGUGUGGGAAGACUAUGACAAGUACGUGAUCUUUGCCUCGUUCAACCUCAUCUGGUCCACGGUGAUUCUGGAAGUGUGGAAGCGUGGCUGUGCCAACAUGACCUACAGGUGGGGGACACUGCUCAUGAAGAGAAAGUUUGAGGAGCCCCGGCCGGGAUUUCAUGGUGUCUUGGGUAUCAAUUCCAUCACUGGGAAGGAGGAGCCUCUGUACCCCAGCUACAAGAGACAGUUGCGCAUUUACCUGGUCUCCCUGCCAUUCGUGUGCCUCUGCCUCUAUUUCUCACUGUAUGUCAUGAUGAUUUACUUCGACAUGGAGGUUUGGGCCUUGGGUCUACAUGAGAACAGCGGGUCUGAGUGGACCAGUGUCCUGUUGUAUGUGCCCAGCAUCAUCUAUGCCAUUGUGAUUGAGAUCAUGAAUCGUCUCUAUCGAUAUGCUGCCGAGUUUUUAACUUCAUGGGAGAAUCACAGAUUGGAAUCUGCCUAUCAGAACCAUCUAAUUCUGAAAGUUUUAGUGUUCAACUUUCUCAAUUGCUUUGCCUCACUCUUCUAUAUUGCCUUUGUCCUGAAAGAUAUGAAGCUUUUGCGUCAGAGCUUGGCCACUCUUCUAAUUACCUCCCAGAUCCUCAACCAAAUUAUGGAAUCUUUUCUUCCUUAUUGGCUCCAAAGGAAGCAUGGUGUGCGGGUGAAGAGGAAGGUGCAGGCUUUAAAGGCAGACAUUGAUGCUACAUUAUAUGAACAAGUCAUCCUGGAAAAAGAAAUGGGAACUUAUUUGGGCACCUUUGAUGAUUACUUGGAGUUAUUCCUGCAGUUUGGUUAUGUGAGCCUUUUCUCCUGUGUUUACCCAUUAGCAGCUGCCUUUGCUGUGUUAAAUAACUUCACUGAAGUAAAUUCAGAUGCCUUAAAAAUGUGCAGGGUCUUCAAACGUCCAUUCUCAGAACCUUCAGCCAAUAUUGGUGUGUGGCAGUUGGCUUUUGAAACGAUGAGUGUUAUAUCUGUGGUCACUAACUGUGCGCUGAUUGGAAUGUCACCACAAGUGAAUGCAGUCUUUCCAGAAUCAAAAGCAGACCUCAUUUUGAUUGUAGUAGCAGUGGAGCACGCACUCCUGGCUUUAAAGUUUAUACUUGCAUUUGCCAUACCUGAUAAGCCACGGCAUAUCCAGAUGAAACUAGCCAGACUGGAAUUUGAGUCUUUGGAGGCACUCAAGCAGCAGCAAAUGAAGCUCGUGACCGAGAACCUGAAGGAGGAACCAACGGAAAGCGGGAAGGAGAAGGCAACCUGAGUGCCCAGCGUGCCCAGCUGCCCUGUUGGCAGAGGCCUGUGUCUGUGCCACACCUGCCACAGUGGCAGGGGGGGUACCCGGGGCAGCAUCGUGGCUCCUGAACCCAGACCCAAUGCUUAGCCAAAUGAAGUGGCUCCCAUGUGGCAAGCACCCUUUUCAGUUUCACAGUGGCUUGGCUCGGGAUCCUUGGCAGUUCCCCCAGCCCCACCCUGUCUGCUCCUUCCCAGUUCCUUCCCGGGCCCCACACGCUGCUCCAGCUGCCAACUUUGCUGCAGAGCCACUGCCGCCCUUGAGCCUCUCACCAUGAGUGAGCCACCAGCUCUCCAUGUUCCCCUCAUAGCAGUGUCACUCCCAACCCCACCAUGGCCCAGGGACCCAUGGACAGGUUGGGGAUGGGGUGUGUGCCCACUGUGCUCAUCACAGGAGCCUCAGUUGAGAGUGAGCGGGGUACAGUAAGGCAGUGCUUCCCACACUGGACCUCUUUCCUGGUUCUCUUUUGCAAUACGUUAACAGACCCUUUAUCAACAUAAACAAUAGUAACUGAGCUAUUAAAGGCAACCUCUCUGA